AUGGAGACAUGGAAUCAAACUUCGGAUGACUUCAUUUUGUUGGGGUUGUUUCCCUCAAAUCAAACCGGCCUGCUUCUCCUGUUCCUUAUCAUCUUCAUAUUCUUUCUUGCCUCAGUGGGGAACUCAGCCAUGAUUCACCUCAUACGCUUAGAUCCCCGGCUCCACACACCAAUGUACUUUCUCCUCAGCCAGCUCUCUCUCAUGGACCUAAUGUAUAUCUCAACCACCGUCCCAAAGAUGGCAUUCAACUUCCUGUCUGGCCAGAAAUGUAUCUCCUUCCUGGGAUGUGGGGUUCAAAGCUUCUAUUUCUGACCNUUCCUAACCAUGGCAUGUUCUGAAGGUUUACUCCUGUCGUCCAUGGCCUUUGACCGUUAUGUGGCCAUCUGCCACCCCCUCCAUUAUCCCAUCCGCAUGAGUAAAAUGGUGUGCGUGAAAAUGAUCAUAGGAUCUUGGAUUUUGGGGUCUAUCAACUCUUUGGCACACACGGUCUAUGCCCUCCAUCUCCCUUACUGCCGGUCCAGGGCUAUAAAUCACUUCUUUUGUGAUGUACCAGCCAUGUUGCCUUUGGCCUGUAUAGACACCUGGGUCUAUGAGUACAUGGUUUUUGUGAGUACAAGUCUCUUUCUCCUCUUUCCUUUCCUUGGUAUUACCACUUCCUAUGGACGUGUUCUUUUUGCUGUUUGCCACAUGCACUCAAAAGAGGGAAGAAAAAAGGCCUUUACCACCUGUUCAACACAUUUAACUGUAGUGACCUUUUACUAUGCACCUUUUGUCUACACCUACCUUCGGCCCAGGAAUCUCCGUUCACCAGCAGAAGAUAAGAUUCUGGCUGUCUUCUACACCAUUCUCACUCCCAUGCUCAAUCCCAUUAUCUACAGCCUGAGGAAUAAGGAAGUCCUGGGGGCCAUGACAAGAGAGUUUGGGAUAUUCUUUGCCAAGAAACAAUAA